UCCGCCCCGCCGGAGCGCUAUGGAUCGUUACCGGUACUUCAUCUUCAACCAGCGUAACAUGGUGCUGCUGGGGCUGCUGCAGGUGGCCUUCAGCACGCUGUGCGUCGUCAGCGGCUUCGUCGACGGCAUGUUCGGGGGCGAGUCGCCGCUGGGCAGAACCAGAGCGCCCGUGUGGGCCGGGAUGGUCAUGGGAGUCCCGGGCGUCCUGGCGUUGUUUUCCUCUCAGAGGAAGAACCCGGUCCUUGUGAACGUGCUGGUAGCAGCAUCUAUGCUGUCUUGCGUGUCCAUCCUCAUUGUCAUAGUUUACAGCUCCCUCACGCUGUCCUACAGAGAAGAGGAGCAGCCAAGCUCUCACCCGGUACACGUUGUGCAUACGAAGUUCGUUCUGAAUAAAGUUGUCAAGGGUGCUAACAUCGCAAUGUUAAUCGCGUCCGUCUGCAGCGCCGUCGUCGUGCUGGUCAUCACCUACCUGGGGUGCCGAAGUCUUCCUCGCUGCUCCUGCUACGACAGCGCAACCGGGAUGGAAUGGUUGCAGCCUUGUGACGACCAGACUCAGGCCGUGGAAAUGGUUUGCGCCGUACAGAGUGCUGGGGAUGGCAUUCUUAACUUCCCGACUCGGUUUCCAGCGCAGGACUGUGACACGGAGGAAGAUGCAUCCAAGCCUCCGCCGUACAUCAGAAUGGCUUGAGAAAGUGACGGACUGAUCUAAAGGUGCUCGUCGAGACGUACAGUGAGAUGGAUGAAAGGAGUUUUUCCAUUUGAAAUCUUUAUGCGCUUUUCCUGGGCCUUUUAAAAAAUGCACACAGAAGGAGAGAAGCCGUCGAAGGCCCGACAAAGAUCCCACCGCAAAUGGAGGGACCUGCAGAUAUUUGGGGACGUUCAGACUCCGUGUAGCUGCAAUAGCUCACUGCCUUUGCGAAGCGUGAGCUUUUUUAUCUGGCUUUUGUACUUAAUUUGUAUCUUCUUUCACUGGAAAUCAUUGACAGUUGGUCUAGCAGCGCUAGCUGUAAACAUUCAAUUAUUAAAGACAAUUUAUUUUUAAAAGAAA